CAGGAGAAGCUACGCUACGCUCCCUACACACCCAUGUCCACCUCCGUGACUCAGCUGUGUGGAACUGAAGUCAGCACUGUCCAGAAGCUCUGCUUGCGCCUCUCGGCCUCACGCUUGUUUGUUCCGUGGCAGACAGAUAACACGGGGGUCUCCAGAAGAGCAGUCGGCUCCUGGCACGUGGAGGAGGAGGUAUUCCCCUAGAAGUGUGCACAGGAAGCCCACUGUGCAAGAAACCGCGUGGACACAAAAGAACAGAGUACCUGUGCAGACCACAGGAGAAAAAAGCCAAACCCAUUGCCGCGGAACUGAUUCUGACUGGUGGUGGCCCUGUGUGUGUCCAGUAGAACUGUACUCUGUACGGUCUUCAGCAGCUGUGAGUUUUCAGAAGCGGUUCACCAGGGCAACCUUCCAGGGUGCCUCUGGGUGGACUCAAACGCUAACCUCUGAGUUAGUGGCCCAAACCUGGUUACUGAUGGACAAUGGCACAAACAAGACUGUCCCCAGGGUAGCCCGGUUCUGAAGUGGGGAAGACAGGUUGGCACUGGCCAGGGUCGGACUCCCGGUGGUAACCUGCGCCAAGCUGACAUCACCAGGAGGCCCACGCUCCAAUCAGGAGGCUGUGAUAAGCAGAAGGACAUCAGAGCCACUCUGGGGAGGCCAAUGUGAGCUGAACCUUGCCCCGGGCCUGUCACAGUGGGCGGCAGACGGCUUUCCUCAGCCAAGCACCAUGGCAAGCUGGCCAUGCCUUGUCCUGCUCAGCGCCUCACUGGCUGGCCUCCUGCUACCUGGGGCAAGCGUAUUCAUUAACCGGGAACAUGCCAGCAAUGUCCUGCAGAGGGCCAGGAGGGCAAAUUCAUUUUUGGAAGAGAUGAAGCAAGGGAACCUUGAAAGAGAGUGUAUGGAAGAGACUUGCUCAUUCGAAGAGGCCCGAGAAGUCUUUGAAGAUGAUGUCAAAACGAAUGAAUUCUGGAACAGAUACAAAGAUGGCGAUCAGUGUGAAAGCAAUCCUUGUCAGAAUCAGGGCAAGUGUCAAGAUGGCCUCGGGGAGUACACCUGCACCUGCUUGGAAGGGUUCGAAGGCAAAAACUGUGAAUUAACUAUACGUGAACUCUGCAGCCUGGACAAUGGGGACUGUGACCAGUUCUGCAACGAAGAGCGGAACUCAGUGGUGUGUUCCUGUGCCGCUGGGUACACCCUGGGAGACAACGGCAAGUCCUGCAUCUCCACAGAGCCUUUUCCCUGUGGAAAACUUACCAUGGGACGCAAUAAGAGGUCGCUGGCCCAGGCCAACAACGUCAGUGGAAGCCCCCCAGAAACCUCCACCCAGAAGCAGUAUGGCCUUGACGACUUGGCCCCUACAGAGAAUCCUGUCAACCUGCUCAACCUGAAUCAGGAGUUCCCUGAACAGGAUACCAGUGACCUCGUCCGGAUAGUGGGCGGGAGGGAUUGCAAAGAGGGGGAGUGUCCCUGGCAGGCUUUACUUGUAAACGAGGAAAACGAAGGGUUUUGUGGAGGCACCAUUCUGAACGAGUACUACAUCCUCACUGCGGCUCACUGUCUCCACCAAGCCAAGCGGUUCAAGGUGAGAGUAGGUGAUCGGAACACUGAAAAGGAAGAGGGCAAUGAAAUGGCACAUGAAGUGGAAAUUAUACUGAAGCACAACAAAUUUGUCAGAGAAACCUACGACUUUGACAUUGCCGUCAUAAAACUGAAGACACCCAUCACAUUCCGGAUGAACGUGGCUCCUGCUUGCCUACCGGAGAAGGACUGGGCUGAGUCAACACUGAUGACUCAGAAAACAGGGAUUGUCAGUGGGUUUGGGCGUACCCACGAGAAGGGCCGUGCGUCCACCAUCCUCAAAAUGCUGGAAGUCCCCUAUGUGGACCGAAACACAUGCAAGCUGUCAAGCAGCUUUACAAUCACCCAAAACAUGUUCUGUGCAGGCUAUGACUCAAAACCUGAAGACGCCUGUCAGGGAGACAGCGGGGGCCCCCACGUCACUCGAUUCAAAGACACGUAUUUUGUCACUGGGAUUGUCAGCUGGGGAGAAGGAUGUGCAAGGAAGGGGAAAUACGGAGUCUAUACCAAAGUCACCUCCUUCCUCAAGUGGAUCGAUAGGUGUAUGAAAACCAAGGCUGGAGUCCAUGCGCAGGCCCCAUCUGCUUGAUCUCAGCGGCCUUGUGUGUGGACUCCGUUCUUAGCAGUCAUCGCGGGUCAUUCUCCAUUAAAGUAAUUCCGCUCAAAAGA